AUGGAAGUGGAAGCAUUGUUGCUAUCUAUAGAUCCCUCCAAGGCACAGGGUCCUGAUCAAAUUCCAGCUCGACUCCUAAAGGAAUGUGCUCAAGAAAUAUCGGAAUCCCUUUGUCUUCUGUUUAAUAAAUCAUUGCAAACUGGAAUUUUCCCACAACAGUGGAAACUAGCCAACAUUGUACCAAUUCUAAAGAAAUGUCCUGCCUCAAAUGUGCAAAAUUAUCGCCCCAUUUCUUUGUUGUCAAAUAUUGGGAAAAUCUUUGAAAGGUGUGUUUUUAAUCGAGUUAUAAAUCAUAUUAGUAAUCAGUUACAUAACUUCCAACAUGGCUUCCUGAAAGGAAAAUCUUGUACUACCCAUCUGUUACAAGUAAUAGACGAAAUUGGAAGAAGUUUGGAUUGUGCAGAACAGACUGAUAUUAUAUAUCUUGACUUUGCAAAAGCAUUCGACAAAGUCAACCACUCCUUGUUAUUGGAUAAAAUCAGUGGCUUUGGAAUUGACGGUAAUUUGUUGAAAUGGUUUGGAAAUUAUCUAUCUGAUCGUCGUCAGCAGGUAACUAUCCCUGGAUCGACUUCGGGGGUUUUGCCGGUGCUCUCCGGUGUACCUCAGGGGUCGAUUUUGGGACCCCUCUUGUUCCUCAUGUUUAUCAAUGAUCUCCCUGACAGCGUUAUGGAGAAUUCGGAUGCAAAGAUGGUAUUGUUUGCCGAUGACUCUAAGAUUUAUAAAACUAUCAGGACUACAUCGGAUUGUAUGGCCUUGCAAACUAGCAUUGACCGAACAUCCAUAUGGAGCUGUGAAAAUAAAAUGCUUUUAAACAGUAAGAAAUGUACUAUAGUAAGUGUGAAUCGUAAAACUCAGGCUACUACAUUUUCUUAUACUCUUGGGGGAUUACCUUUGGGAAAAACAAACUGUGAAAAAGACCUUGGGGUGUUAAUAAAAAGCGAUCUGAAGUGGGACGCGCAUGUUUUGUCAAUUUCAAAGAGGGCUAACAACGCUUUGGGGUACAUUAGAAGAGGGACAACAGGAUUCAAUGACGUUGAUUCAAGGAAAGUACUCUACAUGGCGUUAGUAAGAAAUCAUUUAGUUCAUGCAUCGCAAGUUUGGGCUCCACAGUCAGUACAUCUAAUCAAGCAAUUGGAAUCUUUGCAGAGAAGAGCAACAAAGUAUAUUCUAUGCCUACCAUAUGAUACUACUAUUACAUACAAAGACCGGCUCUUAAAAUUAGAUCUUUUACCGAUGUCGUAUUGGCAUGAAUAUUUGGAUGUGUUGUAUUUGUAUAAGCUGGCAUCUGGCAUGCUUUCUUUAAAGUUGCAUGACUUCUUAAAAGUUAAACAACCAUUACGUGUAACGAGAAGAAGUAAUCCUUCAUCAGGUUUAAUGUUUGAUAUCCCAAAAGUACGUACAGUAACAUAUCAAUCUAGUUAUUUUAUUCGAACUGCUAGAAUUUGGAAUGAACUGCCAUCAUCCAUACGAUUAUUAGAAACUUUAUGUCAGUUUAAAAAUAGUCUAUUGAAAUACUACAAAGAUUGUCUAAAAACUAUUUAUGACACUGACAAUCCAAGAACUUGGAAAACUAUAUGUCCAAAAUGUCAUAACUGUUCUGUUUUAGUAAAGCAAUCACAGUGUUGCUGA